UCUUGUCUUUCAAAAAUUUAUGCUCAGCCCCCUCCCCCUCUUUCUGCAGCUAAAAUAACCGAUUCUUCGAGUUUCUUGGAUUUUGUCAUUAUUUCGUGAGUCAUGGAGUUUUCAGUUUCAAAAAACGCAAGGCAAUUAUCCCACCGUUCGAUAUUAGGGUAAAAAGUAAAAAAUUGUAAACAUGCGGAGGAAUUCUAACCUGAAAAAAAUAUUUCAAUUUUGAUUGCUCUUAAUCUGAAGAUAAAUGAGAAUUCAGUGAAGAAUUUUUGGUUGGAGAUUCGUGGAGAGAAAUGGAGGUGUUGAAGGAGAAUUCUGCUUACUUGAGUAAUUUUGAAGUUCUCGAGAUUCUGAAACAGGUGAGAGGAAAUAAAACGCAGAAAUCGCGAAAUCAACUCGCGACAAUAACGUAUCAAACUGUGAGGUAUCUGGAGGAUACCCCAUGCAAAAUCCAAAAUUCAGAGAAGAUCAGGGGUUUUUUGAAAGCUGUCGAGAGCUUUAAUUUGACGAAAUGUGAAAAAUUGACGCUCAUUAAUCUGUGCCCCAAGACUGCCAUAGAAAUUCAAUUGAUUAUAGAAGAGAGUGAAGAUCGUCUGUCAGAGGAACAGGUUGAAUCUCUCCUCCAGGUGAUUUCAACUCAUCUGGGGGAACCUGAGGAACCGGAGGAAGAGCCAGGAGAGGCGGAGUAGAUAAUUCAAUGUAUUUACAUCUCAUUACGAGAAAGAAAAACUUAUAUUUCAUUACAUCGAGGGAGUUUCAUCAUAAAUAUUGUGCGAGCUUUUGAGCUGAUCGAUUAAUUAUCUCUUCUGAUCGCCGAGAUCAUCUAUCGAGUCCUCGUCAAUCUGAAAAUAUUCACAAAACAAAC